AUGAAACUGUUGACACAGGAGGAAAUUGAAGCUCACCAUUACCACACUCUUUCAGGGGGCAUCAAGGGUGCCGUUGCAGGUUUGAUCGUUUCUGGUCUUUUGUUUAAGUUUGCACCUGCCAGAUAUCCAAAAUUCAACCCAGCUAAGAUGCCAUGGUCUAUGAAGACUGCUAUCUUCAUCACUCCACCAACUUUGUUAGCAUCCAUUGCCGCUGAAGAGUCCUCUACGAGCUUUGACAAUAUGAUGUACGGUUCUGGAUCAUCAUCCCGUGAGGCCAUUGAGGAACACAAGAGAUGGAAAAACCUUCCUUUGUCAGAAAAAAUUACUGAGGGUUUGACCCAAAACAAAUAUAAAAUCAUCGUUGCUGCUUGGGCUGCAUCGAUGUAUGGUUCUUGGAAGUUUGUGGACAGAGACCCAAUCAUGACUAAAACUCAGAAGGCUGUUCAAGCCAGAAUGUACGCACAAACCUUAACCGUGUUACUUCUGUUAGGCUCUGUGGGUCUAUCCAUGUAUGAGCAAAAACUGCAUCCAGAUGCCUCUAAACUUGAGAAAUCUCGUCGUUGGGAAAGAGCUUUGCAACAGGCCGAGGAAGAAGAGGCUAGAGCUCAACAAGCAGCUGGUUUCAGGUCCAACGAAGAUAGGGUUAAGGCUAAGAUCUUCAAAUACGAGUAG